CUUUUAGAUUCUCUAGAAUCCAUUUUUAUGUGUUUACCAAACACAUUUUUUCUCUCUCUCUGUACAAUGGCCGCCUGCAAAACCCUAGUCAGUACAUCCCUUUCUUCCGUGGCUUCUACUCUCCGAAGCAGUAGACUGACCUUAUCUUCCCCUCACAACUCGCCCUCUCUUUGUUUCUCUCCUUCCAUUUCCUCUCCCCAAGGGUUAAGAGCACUGCAGAACAGAGUCCUCUCAAGAUCCUACGCUUCGAUCGAAGGAGCUUCGCUUUCAGUGGAAUCGAUCGAUUGAGCGGAAGAGAUUGAACCGCCGGAGAGCCCGAUGCAGGACAACCUCGAGCACUUGCUCACGCACAAAGACGACGUCGUACGGCUGAUGAAGAUGGAACACCGUCGUAUCGACACCGAUCAGCGGACCGGCCGGUGGUUCCCGUACCUGGACCGGUUCAAGUGCGGAGACGCGUACCUGAGCAGCGGCGAGGUAGUGGAGGCUCUGGAGCCGCACAUAAUGGAAUCGAGGAUGGAGAGGUUCAGGAACGUGGCGACUAAUAGGAGCUACUCCGUCUGUUUGGUGGUCGAAGGGCUCAGCGAUUUCGGGAACGUUUCGGCGGCGUUUCGGUCCGCCGACGCUCUCGGAUUUCAGUCAGUUCAUGUCGUCUCCUGCGACGGCUCCAAAAGGUAUAGGGAAAAUCGUCAUGUUAGCAAGGGUGCAGAGAAAUGGUUGGAUAUUGAGGUUUGGGACUCCAUUGAAGACUGCUUUAAAGCUCUCAAAUCGCGUGGCUAUCGAAUUGCCACUACCCAUGUGGGUGGACGUGGGGAAAAAGUGAUGAGGCACUGGGAUUGUCGGAUCUGCAUUGUAGUAUUACAAUGAAAGGAAGGUGGGGGAGAGAGAGAGAGAGAGAUUUUCAAGUACUAUAAGCACGACAAAAAGUGAGUGAUCGCUUUGGAUUUAUGGAACUUGAAGAGGAACAGUGGGUUGCUACUGGAUAUUGAUUGAACUUCCUGUUACUAGACAAUAGAACCCUGUCAAAGAUUGUAGAAUAAUUUUCAUAAGUCAAAUUGAGUUUUCUACCCUUUUAUGAUAUUUUCUCAUUGAGUUUCCUUGUUACAAAACUCGUCGAAUUUGUCACUUUAAAAAUCUUUGAAACGCGGUUUAGUCUUCAUACUGAACUUAUCAGCAGUCGGUAACAACUUUUCGUUGGCCGCCUAAAUAAGUCUUUUUCGUCCAAUUUGGUUGAUUUUUCCAUUAAACCGUCGCACGGAAACCAACAGGGUUCUCAGGGUGAUUUGACAAUGGAAGAACGUCAAAUUCUACUUGCGGAGCUCUCCCUUCGUCGUCGCAAGAGUUCAAUCAGCAUUGCUCAUGAGUUUGCCAAGCGGAAAGCAGCUAUGCUAACUCCAAAGCUAUGAAUUUGAUGUGCUACUUUUGUAUGCUUUCACUUGGGGGUGCUCAAGAAUCAUGUCUCACUCAGUCUUGGGAAUAUGCCUAAAAGAAGUGACCAAGUUGAUUUCUUAUCUAUUGCACCAAGAACAGAAAAGAAUGCCCAAGAAAUCUUUCGAGUUAGAAAAAGGGUCUCAGUUUGACAUUUGAUGUAACGGGGGUGACAUGGUGGCAUGCCUUUUCUUGUAUCACUCUUCUUUGGGAUUUUUCAUGUUCAUCGUGUAAUUUGUAUAGGAGAAAAAUAUUACGUCCCUCUGUUUUGCA